GCAUAUGAGUAUAUAUUUUAAACAACUUUCUUGGCUGUGUUUUGACCCUUCAGACUGUCUACAGAUGCGGCUACACCGGCACUUUGAAGACAAAGAUGUGGGUGGCAAAACAACGUAUCAAUGUUGGAGUAGCGUUUCCAUUAUCUUUUGCUUUCCAAGCUGUCAGAACCUGCUAUCCAUCUAUCUUACUACUUGGCGUUAAAAUGAGCACCAUGGGAACCACGUAAAAGACUGUUCUGCCAGAAACCCUGUGUAAUUCACCAGCGACAGGACCAAGGCUCUCAUUAUGGUGAUUAGCUAACGUUAGCUACGACGCUAGGUUACUUGAACGAUCCUUUGAACUUGCUGGAUGACGGGUUAGCUUACGACAGCUAACUUCGACAUGUGAACAAACUACCGUUAAGCCAGGAAAGUGGCGAUAAAGAAGCUCCCUGCAACUCUCUGCUGUUGCAGGUCCCUCUCAUGUGCCCAUGGAGAAGGGGGCCUUUGAGGGGUGGCUGGAGUCAGUCUCGGCUGCUUUCCUUGCUCUAAAUGACCAGCAGCGCAACCAGUCUCUGGACCACCUCAUAUCUCUAAGUGGUGCAGCCCAGCUCCGUCAUCUGUCUAAUGGCUUGGAAACCCUGCUCAAGCGAGACUUCCUCCGCCUCCUUCCCCUGGAGCUGGCCUUCUACCUUCUGCGGUGGCUGGACCCUCAGACCCUGCUCACCUGCUGCCUGGUCUGCAAGCAGUGGAACAAGGUGAUAAACUCGUGCACAGAGGUGUGGCAGGGAGUGUGUCGGGAGCUUGGCUGGCGGAUCGAUGAAUCCAUUCAGGAUGCGUCACACUGGAAGGGGGUCUACCUGAAGGCCAAGCUGAGAAUGAUGCAGCUUAAGGACGAGGAGGCUUUCGAGACAUCUUCUCUUAUCGGCCACAGCGCUCGAGUCUACGCCCUCUAUUAUAAGGAUGGCCUCCUUUGCACAGGAUCGGAUGACCUCUCUGCCAAAUUAUGGGACGUGCGCACAGGGCAGUGCAUUUAUGGAAUUCAGACACACACAUGUGCUACAGUGAAAUUUGAUGAACAGAAGCUGGUGACAGGGUCCUUUGAUAACACUAUUGCAUCUUGGGAGUGGAGUACAGGUGCUAAAAUCCAGCAGUUCCGUGGCCACACUGGAGCAGUCUUCAGCGUGGACUACAACGAUGAGCUGGAUAUACUGGUCAGCGGCUCUGCAGACUUCAGUGUAAAAGUGUGGGCUUUGUCUGCUGGGGCCUGUCUCAAUACUCUCACCGGACACACUGAGUGGGUCACCAAGGUCAUCCUGCAGAAAAGUGAAGUGGAAUCUAUGGUGCACAGUCCUGGUGACUACAUCCUCUUAAGUGCUGAUAAGUAUGAGAUUAAGGUCUGGCCUCUGGGGAGAGAAAUUAACUGUAAGUGUUUAAAGACGCUAUCGGUGUCAGAUGACCGCAGCAUCAGCCUCCAGCCUCGCCUGCAGUUUGACGGACGCUACAUUGUCUGCAGCUCAGACCUCGGAGUUUAUCAGUGGGACUUUGCCAGUUUUGAGAUUCUCAGGGUGAUAAAAAUGCAGGACCCAGCCAACCUGUCCCUGCUCAGCUUCGGUGAGGUGUUUGCUCUGCUUUUCGACAACCAUUUCCUGUAUGUGAUGGACCUAAGGACAGAGGUUAUCUCGGGCCGCUGGCCUUUACCUGCCUACAGAAAAUCCAAGCGGGGCUCUAGCUUCCUGGCUGGGGUGACCUCGUGGCUCAAUGGCCUGGACGGAGGCAAUGACUCUGGACUGGUGUUUGCCACCAGCAUGCCUGACCAUAGCAUUCACCUUGUUCUGUGGAAGGAGAAUCGAUAGACACGGACACAUUUUAAGAACCCCAGAGAGCUUGGAUUUGAUUGGCCAUCAUGCAUGCUCUGGAAUAUAUGAACCUAUGACCACCAGGAGACAUCGUGCAUGGACCAAAGCAAUUUGUUUUUAUCUGCUUCUUCCUGCUCUGGACACAAAAGUAAAAAACAAGACAAUGGAAGAGGAAGAGAAUCAUUAUUAAUGUGCUGCACUGUACUGUAUCAACAUAUGCUCUAGAUUUCUUUGGUCCACUUAUUCUGGGCAAACACAUACAGACUUCUUCAAGCCCAUGUGUCAACAACAGUUAAAGCGUAGAGAGUGUCUGUGUAUUAAGCAGAUUCCCACUUUGACCAGUUUAGUGUUGCGCAGCGAAAAUAAUUGUAGCCAGAAUUUAGUCCACAAGACCUUUUCUUAGCUGCAUAAGACUAAGUCAAAGAGCUGUAGCUAGAACCUGCCUGAUACUAAGCUGCUUAAUGAGCUGAUUUGCUGAAAUGCUGGUUUCCUUGAAGAGAAGCAGGGAUGCCUUAAACACUUUCUGUACAUAAUGGAAGACCUCUCCUGUGAUGGGAAGAUUGUGACAUUACUGUAGGUAGGUAUUGACAUCUUUACCCACUGUCCCCAAGGACGGGGUAUAAAAUGUAUCACCCAAUGUAUGAAGCAUGGUUUGGUACCUUGUUUCAUGUAAUUCUACUGACAUGCUUUUCUAACAGACGUCUGGUUUAAAUGGAAGCUUCAGAAACGUGA